AUGGAUCCCUCCAGGCCAGCCACGGUGAGUACCCUGGGUGAGGCCAAGUACAUCGACUUCCCCAGUCUCCCCGACGAUGCGAAGCAUGAGGAUGGCUCGCCGGCGUUGAACAGACACUCUACGACUAUUACCCGGGGGCAUGACUUCCCCGGUGCACAAGCAAUGCUGUUCGCUGCUGGAAUCCCCGAUCGAGACGCUAUGACGAAGAGCCCCCAGGUCGGCAUUGCGUCGGUGUGGUGGGAGGGAAACCCGUGUAAUAUGCAUCUGUUGGAUAUGGGCAAGACGGUGAAGAAGUCUGUGACAGAGAAGGGCAUGAUUGGGUGGCAGUAUAACACCAUUGGUGUGUCAGAUGCGAUUACCAUGGGUAGUGAAGGAAUGAGAUUCUCGCUGCAGACUCGUGAGAUUAUCGCCGAUAGUGUCGAGACGGUUACCUGCGCGCAGUACCAUGACGCUUGUAUUGCGAUUCCCGGUUGCGACAAGAAUAUGCCCGGUGUGGUGAUGGGUAUGGCUCGACACAACCGGCCGUCUAUCAUGAUCUAUGGUGGAACAAUCCAGAUCGGAUACUCGGACCUGCUUCGCAAACCUAUCAAUGUCUCUUCGUGCUUUGAAGCCGCCGGUGCUUAUGUCUAUGACACUCUGCGCCAGCCCGACGACGGCGGUGACACCAGCAAGAACAAGGAUGAGAUUAUGGAUGACCUGGAGAGACAUGCCUGUCCCAGUGCUGGAGCAUGCGGCGGUAUGUUCACGGCCAACACUAUGGCCACGGCUAUCGAGUCGAUGGGUCUGUCGCUUCCCGGGUCGUCGUCCACGCCAGCGACAUCUCCGUCCAAGAUGCGCGAGUGUGUCAAGGUUGCGGAUGCCAUCAAGGCAUGCUUGGAGAGGAACAUCAAGCCCCGGGAUCUGCUGACGAAGCGGUCGUUCGAGAACGCGCUUGUUAUGACCAUGGCUCUUGGUGGUAGUACCAACGGCGUGCUUCACUUCCUUGCUAUGGCUCGCACUGCGGGCGUGGACAUGACUAUCGAUGACAUUCAGCGUGUUAGCAACAAGAUCCCUUUCAUCGCUAACCUUGCGCCCAGCGGGAAGUAUUACAUGGCAGAUCUCUAUGACAUUGGAGGCAUUCCAUCCGUCCAGAAGCUGCUAAUCGCCGCUGGUCUCAUCGACGGUGACAUCCCCACUGUAACCGGCAAGACAUUAGCACAGAACGUUGAAUCCCACCCAUCCCUCCCGCAAGACCAGGCCAUCAUCCGCCCACUGGACAACCCCAUCAAGACGACAGGUCAUCUGCAAAUCCUACGCGGCAACCUAGCCCCCGGUGGCGCCGUAGCCAAGAUCACCGGCAAGGAGGGCACCCGAUUCACAGGCAAAGCUCGCGUAUUCGACAAAGAGUACCAACUCAACGACGCCCUGAACCAGGGUAGGAUCCCCCGGGGCGAGAACCUAGUGAUCAUCGUCCGCUACGAAGGUCCCAAGGGCGGCCCAGGAAUGCCGGAACAGCUCAAAGCCAGCGCGGCACUCAUGGGAGCCAAGCUCACGAACGUGGCCCUGCUCACAGACGGCCGGUACUCAGGGGCUAGUCACGGGUUUAUUGUUGGGCAUAUUGUGCCCGAGGCAGCGGUUGGGGGUCCGAUUGCUGUUGUGCGCGAUGGCGAUGUGGUUACGAUCGAUGCGGAGAGCAAUUCGCUUAGCAUGGAUGUGUCUGAGGAGGAGAUUCAGCAGCGUUUGAGGGAGUGGAAGCCCCCGGUGCCGCAUGUUACUCGUGGUGUGUUGGCGAAGUAUGCGCGGUUGGUUGGGGAUGCAUCGCAUGGUGCGAUGACGGAUUUGUUUUGA